AUAAAAAUAAAAUCUGCUGCAAAAAUGUAUACGUUCAUAUCAGAUUUUGAAGUAUUUGGGAAACCUACAGAUUUCGAUAGAUGCAAUAAAGCUUUUAAUAGAUACGCUAAAAUACAUUUUGUUUACCUGGAAUUGCUUAUAUGGACCAUUAUUUUAACGUCAAAUAUAUUUAAAACUCAAAAGUGCAAAUUGGAAAAUCAAAUAUAUAAUAUGAAUGAAGUUUGUGGACUUUUUUCAUAUACUUGGAUGCCUUUCGAUAUCGAUUAUUCUCCAAUACGUGAGCUCUACUUGUUAUUUGAAAUCUUUGGGGCUCAUCAUAUUUAUAUGCUGGCCGGACUGAUGGCUUGGCAAGUAUUUGAAACUAUGCAACACAUAAUAAUAAGAAUACGUCACGUGAAACAUGUUAUGGUGGAAGCUUUUACCUACAGAGACUCUACUGUAAGAAGAAGAAAGUUUAAUAUUGCUGUCAGAUAUCAUAAUUCUAUUUUCGGGCUGGAAGAAAAAUUAAAUGAUGCUUUUAGUAUAUUCAUGUUCACACAUAUGGUUUUGACAGCGGCUGUACUCGGUAUUGGAAUUUAUUCCUGGCUACGUAUAAAGUCACUAUCUACUUUUAUGGUUUGUACUGGAUGGUUUGUUGGAUUAUUUAUGGAUUGUUUCAGUGGCCAGCGUCUUCAAGAUGAGACUCAUCAUUUAUACAUGUUAGUUGGGUUGAUGGCUUGGCAGGUAUUCGAAGUUGUACAACAUAUAGUAGUUAGAAUAAGAGAUAUCAAACACGUUAUAUUGGAAGCUUUGUCUCAAGAGGAUCCAUUAGUGAGAAAAAAACAGUUUCAUUUUGCUAUAAGAUACCACAAUGCUCUCUUCGGUUUGGUGGAUAGACUGAACGAAGUGUUUAGUAUCUUCAUGUUCACGCAUAUGGUUGUAGCUUCGAUUAUAAUGGGAAUAGGUGCGUUCACAUUUUUGCAUUCGAAAUCACUAACUACCAUAAUGGUAUGUACAGGAUGGUUUUGGGGAUUGUUUAUGGAUUGUAUCAGUGGUCAACGUCUGCAAGAUGAGUCGUCAGAAUUGGCUGUGGCAGUAUAUAAUGCUCCGUGGUAUGAAUGUAACGAAGAGUUGAAAAAAGAUAUUUUGUUUGUCCUUUAUAAAUGUCAAAAAUGUCAAGUACUAUAUGCUGGAGCAUUUGGAAUUAUGGAUAGACCAAUGUUUCUUGCGGUUUUGAAACUCACUUACUCUUAUAUAACUCUAUUGGGAAAAGCAAAGUGAAUUUGAUGAAAAAAAUUGAAUAGUCCGCUUUUUUAAACCAGCUUCUAUCAAUUAGUAUAUUUAUUAUAUUUAGUAAAAAUGUACAAAAAGUUUAAUUUAAUUAUUUAUAGAAAUAAAAAUCAAAUGUA